GGAUGAACAUUACUUCUGAGGCAAAAAUGGACGGAUGGCAUGGUCUUUGUAUUCCACUGCACCCUGGUCUCUGACUGUCAAUAUGCACAGCAACAUGGCAAAAGGGAACCAUACCAUGUUCAGACCAAAAAUCUCCACACAGUCUCACUAUCACGGCUUCAACGAUGGCACCGUCCGCUUGGAACCAGAUGCAUGGUUACUGAAUCGUAAUGACGAUAUCACUUUUUCCAUGCUAUCUGGAAAAAACGUGGCCGUUGUUGGCGGCUUGAUAGGGCUUUAGACGUCCGAGUAUGGAAUCUCUGGAAAAUACUAGUAUACCCCGACUCGCCUUCCAUUUUAUGUGAUUCAUUGUCCUUAGGGACUUUCAACUCAAGAUAGAGAGUAUCAAAACAACUCAGUUUGAGAUAUCUAAUUCUUCAUCACAGACUCCUCCAACCCUUCUUCAGUAUGCCUAUCGCCGUAUCGCCGACCUUGCCUAAGAAUGGCCUCACCAAGUUUACCAACUGUCGACUGCUGAAAGGCAACGACUUGGUCUGGGAGGACCUUUGGGUCAGCUCAAUUACUGGCAAGAUCAUUGAUAGCCAGGCAUCCUUCUAUGGCGGCCGCAACAUGCCUGACAAUACCCUUGAUCUUGGUGGGCGCAUCAUUGCACCAGGUCUGAUCGAGUGCCAGCUCAACGGUGCCUUUGGCUUCAAUUUCUCAACCUUGCUGGAUGAUAUGUCCGAAUAUGGCAAAAGCAUCCAAAAGAUCAAUCGCCUACUGGUCAUGACAGGGGUCACAUCAUACAUCCCAACCAUCACCAGCCAACGGCCUGAAUUAUACCAAAAGGCGCUCCCGUAUCUUGGCCCGUCUGGGGAACUGCGGAUCCCGGCUCACGGCGCCGAGUCACUGGGUGCUCAUUGCGAGGGUCCGUUCUUGAGUCCCACCAAGAAUGGAGUUCACAAUGUCGAUGUCCUCACACAAGCUCAAUCGAUUGAGGACAUUGAACAAUGUUACGGUCGUGAGAAUAUAACCCCUCGCUCCGAUGGCUCACCGAUGCCGAUCAAGAUGAUUACAGCAGCGCCGGAACGUGGACAGAUGAUGAACCUGAUCCCGGAGAUCACAUCAAGAGGAAUCAUCUAUUCCGUUGGCCACACUGAGGCAACAUACGAAGAGACAUCUCAAGCUGUCAGUAAGGGUGCUACAAUGAUUACACACCUCUUCAAUGCCAUGCGCCCAUUGCAUCACAGAAACCCAGGUGUCUUUGGAGUUUUGGGCAAAGCCGAGAGCCUACCACGGCCUUACUUUGGCAUCAUCUCGGAUGGCAUUCAUUUGCAUCCUACGACUAUCAAGAUUGCCUACAGCGCUCAUCCUGAUGGCUUUAUCCUGGUCACGGAUGCUAUGCAUCUUGUUGGUCUCCCGGAUGGAGCCUAUCCGUGGACAAACGGAGAAUACACAUGUAACAUUGUCAAGCAAGGUUCUAAACUCCUCCUUGAGAACUCUGACACGAUUGCUGGAAGCUCAAUCACUCUCCUCGAGUGCGUUAAUAAUUUCAGACAGUGGACUGGUGCUAGUAUUCCUCAGGCCCUUGGAGCGGUCACAUCAACACCCGCAGCCAUGCUUGGCUUACAGGGAGUCAAGGGUUCACUGGAAUCGGGGGCUGACGCAGAUCUGGUGAUUUUGUCAGACGGAUACGAAAGCCAGGGCGAAGUCAGGGGAACGAAUGAAGUCCUCGUGCUGGACGAAGUGUGGAAGUUUGGUGAGAGGGUGUCUGACUCCGCCAAGGAGAGCAAGUUGAUGUGA